UCCCCCCACCAUGAGAUCCCGAGGAUCUGGUGAGCCCCUCCAUGCCCAAUUCGAGUGCCCCUCCAUGAUAGUUACUGUCACUCACAACGCACUCAUAACUCACCGUCCAUAACCCACUCAACAUCACAACCACCCCUAACCUAGGUACCCACCACCCAACCACCACCACCACCAUGCCCCUCCAAGACAGCUACACCCUCCCGGCGGCCGCCGACAUGCACGUGCACCUGCGCAACGCCCCGGGCCCCAUCGCGUCGCUGGCCACCCCGACCAUCCGCAGGGCGGGAAUCGACACCGUCUUCGUCAUGCCCAACCUGGCGCCCCGCCCCGUCGUGUCCGUCGCCGAGGCCCUCGCCUACAAGGACGCCCUGCAGCAGCUUGAUAGUAGUGUUACCUACCUCAUGUCGCUCUACCUGCAUGAGUCGAUCACGCCGGAUGUGAUUCGCGAGGCGAAGCGGGCGGGGAUCGCGGGCGUGAAGGCUUAUCCCAAGGGUGCGACCACCAACUCGCAGUGGGGCGUUGUGUCGUUUGACCCGUUUCAUGACGUGCUGAAAGCGAUGGAGGAGGAAGGCAUUGUGCUGAACCUGCAUGGUGAGGUGCCCAGCAGUGCCGCCGACGGGGUGACGGUGAUGAACGCCGAGAUUAGGUUCAUACCGGUGCUGAAGGGGCUGGUGGAGAAGUAUCCGAAGCUGAAGAUUGUCCUGGAGCACUGCACCUCGGCCGAUGCGGUUGAGGCGGUUAAGGCGUUGGGCGAGAAUGUCGUGGGGACCAUCACCGCCCACCACCUCUCCCUCCUGGUAGACGACUGGUCCGCCAACGUGCACCAUUACUGCAAACCCUCCGCCAAGUCCCCCGAGGACCGUCGUGCCCUCCUCAACGCCGUCGUCACCAGCAACGGCAAGUUCUUCCUCGGCACCGACAGCGCCCCCCACGACAUCACCUCCAAAAAGGGGAAAGGCAACACCGCAGCAGGUGUUUUUACCCAGCCCUACGCCAUCGGCUACGUCCUAACCGCCCUCGAAGAGGCCAUCACCCGUGGCGACAUCGCAGAAGCGUCGGUGACCGAGGACGCGCUGGCGGGCUUCCUGUCCGGGUACGGGCGGCAGUUCUACGGCGUGGCGCCGGCGGCGCGGCAGAUCCGGGUGACGCGCGGCGGGGCCCGCGUCGAGGAGUCGCUGCGCGGGGAGGGGGUCGAGAUCGUGCCGUUUCGCGCGGGCGAGACGACGUGGGGGGUGGAGUGGUUGUAGGGGUGUAGUUGUGAG